AUUCACUUUCCUAUUUCUUCACCGUUUUUUUUGUCGCUAAUCUAUAUUUCUAUUGGUUAAUUGUUAAUUAUAAUAUCGAGUCAUUCACAUCUGAUAUUAUUCACAUUAAACCUUUGUAAUAUUUUCGCUGUUUGUUAUUGGAGAAUGGAAUGAAAAGUUCGCCUCCUUUUUACAUUAUGAUAUAUAUAUACCCCAACACAUCCAUCUACUCAUUCUUAAAAAUUACGAAUGGAUUCAUUCUCUGAUAGACAUGAUUUCUCAUUAGUGGAUAGUCGUGAACGUCAACGUCAGCGUAGUGUUAAUCAAGCAUUUGCCGAGCUCAGAUAUAUUCUACCUACACAUCCACCGGAUAAAAAAUUAAGCAAACAUGAAAUUCUACGCCUCAGUAUAAAAUAUAUUCAUAUUUUAGAAACUAUUCUCAAGUAUCAAGAAGAAGUAGAAGGACGUUUACCUGUUUCAAAUAUAUCACAUAUUUGUACAGCAACAACAACAUCAUCGUCAUCAAAAUCCAAAUAAAC